UCACGCUGUUUCUGCUUUUGCAAAGCGAACAUACGUGAACGGCACGAUACCAACACGGCCGUCCGAUUCGCCCUCGUACAUUCCAUUCGUGAGCUUCUUCGUUAUUCGUACCAACUGUCCUUUCUUCAGUUUCAAUUGAGUUCGAUCAUAUGCGUUCGGUUGUCUAUCGUAGAUGGCUUUUGCAACGGCAGGCAGAGGUGGCUGAAAAAAGUUAGGUAUAGAUGA